AACUUUGCUAGACACUGUCCAACGGUAGCAGCUAGCUAACGGUGCCGUUAGCUCGCCGGGGCCGUUGUGACAGCUGACGCUUGACUGUCGUCACCAGCUCGCUUUACGUUGAUGUAAUUGUUCCUGCGGUAGAGCGGCACGUACGACAAAGACAACGGUCAUUGCUGUCAGUGAACAAUUUAGCUACCGUUAUACUUGAAGUCGGCGUGGCCGUCUUUAUCGGGCAGGGCAACCGUAUGUGGUUAGAGUAGCGGUUUUAGCGUUGCUAACGUGUUAGCUUGCGAUUUCACACUUUGAUUUCUGUGGACUGCAUUGCCCUCUUCUGUGAUUUAAGUGUCAGCCAAAUCCUCCGACUGGACUAAUCACCCGUCCACACCCCACUGCUCGACCUAUGUGGAUUCAUUUAAAGCAGGUGCCCUUGUGCUGGUUCCUUAGGCCCAGCAACUACUGCAGAUGAAUCGUCAGCUGCUUGGGGCGUAGCUUAGCACCCACAUAGUCCCGUCCCCCUUUGCGUGGGCGAUAGGGGACUACAAUAACCAGGAUGCCCUCUUCUGUAAGGGCAGGGAGCCUCAAGGACCCGGAGGUGUCUGAGCUGUUCUUCAAAGACGACCCAGAGAAGCUUUUCUCCGACCUCCGAGAGAUCGGCCAUGGCAGCUUUGGAGCCGUCUACUUUGCACGGGAUAUACGCACAAAUGAGGUGGUGGCAAUUAAAAAGAUGUCCUACAAUGGCAAACAGUCCAAUGAGAAAUGGCAGGACAUUAUAAAAGAGGUGAAGUUUCUGCAGAGGAUUCGGCACCCAAACAGUAUAGAAUACAAAGGUUGUUACCUCCGUGAGCACACAGCAUGGCUGGUGAUGGAGUACUGUCUUGGCUCAGCCUCAGAUCUGCUAGAAGUUCAUAAAAAACCGUUGCAAGAAGUAGAGAUUGCUGCCAUUACACACGGUGCGCUGCAGGGCCUGGCCUACCUUCAUUCCCACAAUAUGAUCCACAGGGAUGUGAAGGCAGGUAACAUUCUGCUGACGGAGCCGGGCCUCGUCAAACUGGCAGACUUUGGCUCGGCUUCCAUUGCCUCACCUGCAAACUCCUUUGUGGGAACGCCGUAUUGGAUGGCCCCAGAGGUGAUUCUAGCUAUGGACGAGGGCCAGUAUGAUGGGAAAGUGGAUAUCUGGUCCUUAGGGAUCACCUGUAUAGAAUUAGCCGAGAGGAAACCUCCCUUGUUUAACAUGAAUGCGAUGAGUGCCUUAUACCACAUAGCGCAGAAUGAGAGCCCCACGCUGAUGUCCAAUGAAUGGUCGGAUUACUUUAGAAACUUCAUUGAUUCUUGCCUUCAGAAAAUCCCCCAGGACAGACCACACUCUGACGACAUGCUGGGGCAUGCGUUUUUACAGCGCGAGCGUCCAGACUCCGUGCUAAUGGAUCUUAUUCAGAGAACUAAGGAUGCAGUGCGCGAAUUGGACAAUCUGCAGUACCGCAAGAUGAAGAAGAUCCUCCUUCAGGAGGCCCACAAUGGGCCCACAGCAGAAGCCCCCGACGGAGACGAGGAUCUGGAGCCUGGUGGAGGUCGGACGGGAACGGUGAACAGUGUUGGGAGUAAUCAGUCCAUUCCCAGCAUGUCCAUCAGCGCCAGCUCCCAGAGCAGCUCCGUCAACAGUCUGAACGAAGCGGCGCAGGACAGCCGCAGCGAGCUGGACCUGAUGGAGGGAGACCACACAGUCAUGUCCAAUAGCUCCGUCAUACACCUCAAACCGGAGGAAGUGGAGAGUUUUUCUGAGGAGCAGGCAGCCAGCAGUCCACCUUCUGAGCCUCAGCCCACAGCAGCUCUGGCCCCGAGGAAGCACUACCGCAACAGAGAGCACUUUGCCACCAUACGCACAGCGUCACUCGUAACCCGUGAGAUGCAGGAACACGAGCAGGACUCGGAGCUGCGCGAGCAGAUGUCGGGAUACAAACGCAUGAGACGGCAGCAUCAGAAGCACUUGAUGGGCCUGGAGAACAAGCUGAAAGGGGAGAUGGAUGAGCACAGGCUGAGGCUGGACAAAGAGCUGGAGAGUCAGAGGAACAACUUCACCCAGGAGAUGGAGAAGCUGCUCAAAAAACACCAAGCAGCCCUGGACAAAGACCUGAAGACCUUUAACAACGAUGAGAAGAAGUUCCAGCAGCACAUCCAGGUGCAGCAGAAGAAGGAGCUCAGCAGCUUCUUGGAAUCACAGAAGCGAGAGUACAAACUACGCAAGGAGCAGCUCAAAGAGGAACUGAGCGAGAACCAGUCCACCCCCAAGAAAGAGAAGCAGGAGUGGCUGUCCAAACAGAAAGAGAACAUUCAGCACUUCCAGGCGGAGGAGGAAGCCAACCUGCUGAGGAGACAGAGGCAGUACCUGGAGCUGGAGUGUCGACGGUUCAAACGCAGGAUCCUCAUCGCCAGACACAAUGUGGAGCAGGAUCUGGCCAGAGAGGAGCUCAACAAACGGCAGACACAGAAGGACCUCGAGCACGCCAUGCUGCUCAGACAUCACGAGUCGAUGCAGGAGCUGGAGUUCAGGCACCUGGGGACGAUCCAGAGGGCGAGAGCAGAGCUGAUUCGGACCCAGCACCAGACGGAGCUCACUAACCAGCUGGAAUACAAUAAGAGGAGGGAGAGGGAGCUGAGGCGCAAGCAUGUCUUGGAGGUCCGACAGCAGCCAAAGAGCCUCAAGUCCAAGGAGCUUCAGAUUAAAAAGCAGUUCCAGGAUACUUGUAAAACUCAGACCAGGCAGUACAAGGCCCUCAGAAACCAUCUGCUGGAGACAACGCCCAAGUCCGAUCACAAGGCCGUUCUCAAGAGGCUUAAGGAGGAGCAGACCAGGAAGCUGGCCAUCCUGGCCGAGCAGUAUGACCACUCCAUCAACGAAAUGCUCUCUACGCAGGCUCUGCGGUUAGACGAGGCUCAAGAGGCGGAGUGUCAGCAUCUAAGGAGCCAGCUGCAGCAGGAGCUGGAGCUACUCAACGCCUACCAGAGCAAGAUCAAGAUGCAAACGGACGCUCAACACGACAAGGAGCGCAGGGAGCUGGAGCAGAGGGUCUCUCUGCGGAGAGCUCUGCUGGAGCAGAAAAUUGAAGAGGAAAUGCUAGCGCUGCAGAACGAGCGCCUUGAGCGGAUCCGCUCGCUGCUGGAGCGCCAGGCCCGAGAGAUCGAGGCUUUUGACUCUGAGUCCAUGCGGCUGGGCUUCAGCAACAUGGUGCUCACUAACCUGGCGUCCGAUUCCCAGGCCCCCUGGGGGGGAGGGGGUGGAGGUGGCCAGGGGGCUCAGGGGGGAGGCCACUGGUCCGGAGGAGGAGGAGGAGGCGGCGGUGGCGGCGCCGGCCACCACAGUCAUCACCACCAGGGAGGCUCCAGCUCACAGCAGCCCUGGGGUCACCCCAUGCUGGCUGGGGGCCCGCCACCCUGGAGCCUCCAUCACCCCGGAGGAGGGAAUCAGAGGGGGAGCGCGGGAGGCGCAGGAGGGGUGAGGAAUAGCCCACAGGCCAUGAGGAGGACGUCGUCAUCGGGGGGGAGAAAUGACCAGGGCAUGAGCAGGAGCGCCAGCAUCACCUCUCAGAUCUCCAACGGAUCCCAUCUGUCGUACACUUAGGAAAACACGCCAAUUGUCGUACAGUAGAACCGAGGUGACACUACGCGGACGCACAAUACGCAUGCACCACACGUGUUUCUCACACACACACGUGUCACUUAUGUCUGACACAUAAUGCACAGUACUGAAAGUUGCUCCCCCAUCACCACCGCUCUCACAUCAGUUCCUGAUAAGUCUGUGGAAACCCAGAAGUCUCGAGAAUCCAGUUUCUUACAGUAUGCCCGCGUGCAAUAGGGUCAUUUUUUCUUACACAGCUAUUUUAUGUGUUUUGCCAUGUUAGUCUCUGUUGUCAUAGACCCACGGUUACCUACAACAGAGUUUAUUAUCACAAGUCUGUUUGCAGUAUGCUGUUCAAUAUGAUUGAGCGGUGGGUCGGAGGCUUUCGAAUGUUUUGGUUGCACAAUAAUGUGCAUCACGGGAGAUGUUGCGAUCAUGCCACAUUAAAAAUGACUCACAGCUUGAGAUUUAAGCAUGGACACCUGACAGUUUAGGACGUUUUUUUUAGAUCAUUGUUUUCAGAAUGUUUUUUGGAACACGAAUAACAAAUUAAAAAAAACAUCAAUGUUUUAAGUGGGUAGCUCUGACUUUAAAGAAUUAGCACAGGGACGUCCGAGUAGCAAAAUUCAAUUCCAGUCCGAGUGAAAUGAAGUGAGCAGGGCUGUACUGGAAUGAGUUGGAGAGGCACAGAUGCCAAAGGUGAAGGUGCAGAGUCAGAUGUGUCAUUAGAAUUAUUCUUGGUCACCAGGCCGGUAUGUAUUGAAUAAGACUGUGCCAGAGACGUUAAUUGGAAGUUCAGGUAAUACUACGGGGCCAAGUGCCAUGCUGGAUUUCGCGCAUAUUGGCGUUCUCGUGCAUACUCGGCCUCAUUGGCUCUUGGGUUUCCACAGACCUGCGCCCACUCGUAGCUCAUCCCAGCCCAGUGAACGGCCGGUAUGAGGGGUUGCCUUACCAGUCCAGAGUCAUCAGGACUGGACUCACUCGUUUUGCAGUCAUUUUCUGGUCCAAUCUGGCGCUGUGUAGCUCGGUGAAAGCGAUGCCUGUGGGUCCACCUCAAGAACACUCGCGCUAAGCGGCACUACAGCAGGUCUUGACUUACUGACUAAGACUGGCACUUUGGCACAGGCUUAAUGCACACAAAAUAAUUGAUGGAUCAGAUUCACACACAAAGGUACAUAUUAUAGUCAAUGAUUUAUUAAUUUUCAUUCCCCAGUCAAACAGAAUGUCCUUCUGCACACUCGAUUGCAUGAACAGGAGAAACAUUUGUGAAAAUGGAAUUAAAACAAAAAAGUUUUAUGGGGGAAAAAAUCUGAAUAUUCUAAUAAUAAUGCACGUAGUAGUUGUUGCCUGAGUUGGCUUUAAAUAAGCAACACGGCAGCAUUCCAUUUCGGGGCAACAAUCGCUUGCCUGAUUUCUGAGCGGAUGCCUGUGAGGGGCCAGAGUCGAACUGAAUGAACAGGGCGAGGAAGAGGAGCAUCAGCGGCCCUCUGCUGGUUGGGGAUUGCUAAAUGUCUCGUUUGGUUGAUGGGCGGUGAUGCUGGGAUCUCCGCUGCCAUGACCCUGCGACCUCCUCUGGUUCGACAUCCCGCUCUGCCUCACCCGCCCCUCCCUCCAACCGGCGCCCCCCCGACGUCCUGCUGUGACCAAUAACCUCCCUGAUUCCCUCCAUGUUGGUUUCCUCCCCUCCUGACCCCCCCCACCCCUGAUCUGUUUGGGAAGAGCUCUUUAAGUGAAAGAAGAAAAAAUGAAUAUGUAUUAUAUAAAUCUAUAAGAAUUAUAAUAAAAGUAAUAGAUACAGUUGGAAGUCUAAUUGUGAAAUGCAGACAUUAUGCAUUGUAUGAUGAGGUGGAAUGUACAGUAAACUUGUUAAUAUUGUAUAUUUUAAAUUUGAUAAUAUGGUAAUCUCAUUGACAAAUUGAAAUUGGGUAGUUGUGAUCCUGACACAGUGAUGUGGUAUUUGGACCAGCGGUAUUCAAAUGAACAUUCAAAUACCGGCCACUGGGUUCUGUGGGAAUGUUAACGGCUCCAGGUCAGAUCGCCUCGAGUAAAAGGACAACUUUUUGCUGAAUGAUGUUUUUUGCACAAAGUUUGAGAUCUGGUUUAGCCUUUGCCUUAGCAAUGGUUAUAAUUAAUUGACAUGAUACCCGAUUUAGGUGACUCGUUCGUCUAUUUAGAUUUUUUUUACGUUUUUUAAAAGUCAAGGUUCUACCGUAGAAAACAGACUAAAGUAUUUCAAACUAUAAGAUCUAUAGAAUUUGGACAUUUUAACAUAUUUGGCUGCACAAACAAUAUUUGGAGCACUCCAACGACAGAAAUGCUUGCACAAGACAGUGAAAAUAUAUGUGUGGUUUUGAUAUGAAGGUCUUCGGUGUUCAUUUACGACACAUGCGCCCCUUUCUGUGGUGGUCAUGCACAAAGCAUUUCCACAAGUAUCUGCCUUUUUUAAAAAUAUCAUCCCACCCGGAAUCUGUAAUCUUGUUUGUCUUGGCUAACUUACAAAAACUGAAGAAAAAAAACAAAUGGUCCCGUUUUUCUCUUCAACAUCUUUUAUCAAACCCUUUUCCAGGUCUGCAGUGUUUGUAUUUGGUUUCAUCAGUUUUUCAGAUGGGGUCUGCAGAGGCCAAACGAGUGGCAGAUACUCCUUUGUGGUCGGGGCAGAGUCCAGCUUUGGGCCUCGGACACUGAACUGGAUCAGUUGCACUUCUUGCACAAGUGAUGGACCGGAUUAAAGCUCCUGUGACGCCCCUCGGUGUCGCUGACUGACGGCUGCCAUUGGUUGAAAGGAGGCUGGAGGCGGGGCUACGUCUCUGUACAGUCUGUUUAUCAGUAUUCCCUUUAUCUCCUGUCAUUUGGUGGAUCUUACUGUUUUAUCUCUAGUCCAGAGACCUUUAUUAAACUGUAUUAAAGUGUAUAGAUUGUGCAAAAAGCUGAAUGUUGCAUAGCAGAAGAGAAAAGCUACUCCUUACAGAUAAGUCAUUUCAAAUGUAUAAAAUAAAUCAAGAAACAACGUCUAGGGGAUAAAUGUAAUAUUUUGUUUGUAAUUACUAUUUUUUGUUGGAAGAGGGCUACUGGAUAAAGAAUGAUCUGUAAUAAAGUAAUUUUAAUAUUU